CUCUUCUCCUGCUUGCUUGCAGUGCCAAAACUUUCUUCUUCACUCAGAUCCUUGUUCUACAUACGCGCUUGUUCAAAUCUCAUACGGUACAGAUCAAAUUCCAGCAUCGGAAAUCAUGGCCGCUCCGGGAAACCCAAAUCAACCCAUACCCUUUGACGUACACAAAUUCUUCAAACCGGCCGGAACGGCAACCCCAUCUCCUCCGGCGACGAACCCAUAUCCGCAGCAGCAACAGGGAGCCACCCCUUCUCCCUCGUCUUAUCCCCCUCCUUCUCCUCCCUUCUUUCACCCCCAAUACCAACAAUUCUACAUGCCUCCUUCUACCACCACCGCUGCUCCCCAGAAUUUCCAUAAUUCGCCUCAAGAUGGUAAAUCCUUGUCUUACCCUUCACCGCCCCUUAAUCCUUUCAAUGCAGGCAACCAAAUUCUCGCCCUCAUCAACUCCCCUCCGCAAAACCCACAACUCUCUCCUCGCCAGCAGUUACCUCCACCGGAAUUUAUGGGGAAUGGAGGUGCAAAUGUGGGUCCGUUGAAGGUGCCAAGCGGCAAGCUGCCCAAGGGAAGGCGGCUGGAGGGCAGCCAUUUCACGUAUGACGUGGACGUGAGAAUUCCUGGGGAGGCCCAGCCUCAGCUCGAGGUCACGCCCAUAACCAAGUACGGUUCUGACCCCCAGCUGGUGGUGGGCAGGCAGAUUGCUGUCAAUAUGUCUUACAUUUGCUAUGGACUCAAAGGAGGGAACAUUCGUAUUCUUAACAUAAAUACUGCCCUCAGAUCAUUGCUCCGUGGUCACACACAGAGGGUCACGGACAUGGCUUUCUUUGCUGAGGAUGUUCACCUUUUGGCUAGUGUGAGCUUGGAAGGACGAGUGUUUGUAUGGAAGAUAACUGAAGGUCCAGUUGAAGAAGACACAUCACAAAUUUCAGGAAAGAUUGUUGUUGCUGUUCAUGUAUUAGGAGAUGAAGAAUAUAUUCACCCACGAGUUUGUUGGCAUAAGCACAAACAAGAAGUUUUGGUGGUUGCUAUUGGAAAAUCUGUUUUAAGAAUUGAUACUACAAAAGUUGGGAAGAAUGAAGUCUUCUCAUCUGAUGCAUCUCCACCAGUCCAAUGUUCCAUUGACAAGUUGAUUGAUGGGAUCCAGUUGGUUGGUAGACACGAUGGAGAAGUGACUGAUUUGUCCAUGUGCCAAUGGAUGACCACCCGAUUGGUUUCUGCUUCCACGGAUGGCACGAUAAAAAUAUGGGAAGACCUCAAAUCAGCACCACUAGCAGUGUUGAGACCACACGAUGGUCAACCUGUUUAUUCAGCUAUAUUCUUGACUGCUCCAAAUCGUCCGGAUCACAUUAUACUUAUAACAGGGGGACCACAAAAUCAUCAAGUCAAAAUUUGGGCCUUAGGAAGUGAGGAAGGUUGGUUACUGCCAAGUAAUGCUGACUCUUGGACUUGCACCCAAACACUGGACUUGAAGAGUUCUGCUGAAUCUCAAGUUGAGGAGGCAUUCUUUAACCAAGUGCUAGCACUGUCUCAAGCAGGCCUUUUGUUACUUGCAAAUGCUAAGAAGAAUGCUAUAUAUGCUGUACAUAUGGAGUAUGGUUCUUGUCCAGCAGCAACACAUAUGGAUUAUAUAUCAGAAUUCACUGUUACCAUGCCUAUUUUAAGUUUUACAGGGACAAGUGAUCCCCCUGAUGAACAUAUUGUCAAGGUUUACUGUGUUCAGACACAGGCUAUUCAGCAAUAUGAUUUAGAGUUAUGCCAGUGCAUUCCACUGCCAUUGGAGAAGUCAAAUUCCAGUCUUUCAAAUGAUGUAACUAUUACUGAAGGCCUUGCUGCUUUUGACCUGUCUGGAAGUAGAUCUUCUGAGUUGCCCCUAUCUGGUACAGUUCCCAAACCAUGUGCACAAGCCGCUAGCUCUGAAAAUUCAACUGCAGUUAGGUAUCCGCUGACCUCUGCUUCAACAGAGUCAACAAGUGCACAAGAAUAUAAUACUUUGAAUAUGAUUUCUAAACCUGCUGCUUUGGCAUCAGCAAUUAGUGAUGCUGAUAUUGCUUGUGCUCCACCUCUUCCUCCGAGUCCUAGGUUGUCUAGGAAAGUUUCUGGUUUUCAGAGUCCAAAAAAAAGCUUUGAGCUAGCUUCCCAGUUCAGUGAGCAAGUAGGGAACCAGCCAGUAACUGAUUAUUCAGUUGACAGGCAAAUGGACAUCACUCAAGCAAAUUUGUCUGAUGUGUCUUCACUGCAUGAUGGUUCAAGGAGCAAUGAGAAGAAAAUAGCAUCAGAUGAUAUGUCUAGUCCACGUAUUAUUUUCAGGCAUCCAACACAUCUCGUGACUCCUUCAGAGAUAUUGAUGGCUGCUUCAUCCUCUGAUGCAAAUAGUAAAACUGAGAGAGAGUCAAAUGUACACGACUCUGUUGACAAAAGCGAUGUGACCAAUGCUGAGGUGGAGGUAAAAAUAGUGGGUGAAGCAAGAUCUGAAAAUGAUGAAUUUGAUUCCAAGGAAGAAUCUCAAAACCCUAACACUGAGAAUAGGGUCUUUUGCUCUCAGUCAUCAGACCUUGGCAUUCAGAUGGUUAGAGAGUCCUGUGGAUUAUCAGGGGAUUCAUAUAUUUUGGAGGGUUCCAGGCAAGUAGGUACUGGUGUUUCGGAGCCACUUGCCCAACCUCAUACUGGUGAAGAAGAAACCCAUGAUCCCAGAAAAGAUAUGACUGGAAGACAAUCACCAGCACCAAGUACAAAAGGGAAAAAGCAGAAGGUGAAAAGUUCUCAUGCAUCUGGUCAAUCUCCUCUACCCUCAAGUGUUUUUAACUCAGCAGAUUCUUCCAAUGAACCAGGAGGGGCUUCAAGUCUUCCCUCCACUGAUCCUGCAUUUCCUCAGAUUUUGGCCAUGCAGGAGAUGCUUAAUCAGCUAAUGACCAUGCAAAAGGAUAUGCAGAGACAAAUGUCGAAUAUAGUUAACCUUCCAGUUACAAAAGAAGGACGAAGAAUAGAGGCAGCCCUUGGACGUAACAUUGAGAAAGCUGUUAAGGCCAACACUGAUGCUUUAUGGGCUCGUUUUCAGGAAGAAAAUGUGAAGAAUGAGAAGCUAUCACAAGACCGUGCACAGAAGAUAACCAGUUUGAUCAAUAACUCAGUAAAUAAGGAGUUGGCUGUCAUGUUAGAAAAAGUAGUGAAGAAGGAACUAGCUACAGUUGGACAAGCUGUCACUCGAGCACUUACUCCAGCUAUAGAGAAAACAAUAACUUCAGCCAUUGCUGAGUCCUUCCAGAGAGGAGUUGGAGAUAAGGCAGUGAAUCAGCUAGAAAAGUCCAUUAAUCCAAAGCUUGAAGCCACAGUUGCCAGGCAAAUUCAAGCACAAUUUCAAACUUCUGGCAGACAAGCCCUCCAGGAUGCUUUGAAGUCUAGUAUUGAAGUUUCAGUGAUCCCGGCCUUUGAGAUGUCAUGUAAAACAAUGUUUGAGCAAGUGGAUUCUGCAUUUCAAAAAGGCAUGAUAGAACAUGCAAAUGCAGCUCAGCAACAACUUGAGUCCGUGAACUCAUCAUUUGCACAUGCUUUAAGGGACUCCAUAAAUUCUGCAUCAUCAAUUGCUCGAACUUUAAGUGGAGAAUUGGCUGAGGGCCAACGAAAACUGUUAGCUUUUGUAGCAGCCGGAGCAAACUCCAAUGUAGGCAGUCCUUUGGUUUCCCAAAUCAGCAAUGGAUCCUUGAGUGGUCUCCAUGAGAAGGUUGACGUUCUCUUGGAUCCAACAACGGAGCUUUCAAGGUUGAUAUCUGAACUCAAGUAUGAUGAAGCUUUCACCAUUGCCUUACAAAGAAGUGAUCUCUCUAUUGUAUCCUGGUUAUGUUCACAGGUUGAUCUACAUGCAAUUUUAACAAUGGUUCCUCUUCCAUUGAACCAAGGAGUCCUGAUAUCCCUUCUGCAGCAGUUGGCUUGUGAUGUGAACAACGAGACAUCACGGAAACUCGGGUGGAUGACAGACGUAGCAGCUGCCAUAAACCCAGCAGACCAGAUGAUUGCAGUGCAUGUGCGGCCCAUCUUUGAGCAAGUUUAUAAGAUACUGCACCACCUUCGCAGCUCACCCACGAUUACCGGUGCUGAACAUUCCCAUAUUCGUCUUCUGAUGCAUGUCAUCAACUCGGUUCUGAUGACAAGCAAAUGAUGGUAAUCUCUUAUUGACAAUCCAUGCAGAAGAUACAACAACAUUAGGACUUUUGAUGUACGACCAUGAAACUUCAGGUA